GAAUUGGAUUAAAAAUUAUUCUCGUCACGAACGUCGGCGGGACGGGUUGUUGCUGACGUACAUUUGAACUACGCUAUAAUUAUGCUACGAAUACUGUAACAAUUACUAAUUGUCUUAAUUUCGUAAAUAUCUAAUCAGUACCGUUCCUAAUUCUCAGUGGUUAGUUAUAUUUUAACCGAACGCAAUUAGUGAAAGUUGGUGAAUGCAAGUUUUUUCAAAAUUUCGGUCUGACUGUUACCUAAUCGGAAAGCGGUUAUCGUUAUCACUGAAAGGACUUGAGUGUGUGUAGUGAGCACCAUGGACCAAAGUGGUAUAACACCUAAUACUUCUAAUCAGCAGCUGGUUAGCAACGGGGACAAUGACUCCGCGACGGCGCUGCUGCAAGAGAAACAGGCGAGGAGGCGGGAGAAUUUGAGGGACGUCAGCUUUGUCGAGUACAUGACGGUCGGGAUACUAUGCUUCAUCAAUCUCAUCAACUAUAUGGACAGAUUCACCAUCGCCGGCGUAUUAGGUGAUGUGAAGAAAGAAUUUGCGAUCGGCGAUGACCAGGCCGGCUUCCUGCAGACGGUGUUCGUGGUGGCGUACAUGGUGUUCGCGCCGAUCUUCGGGUACCUGGGAGACCGGUACUCGAGAAGAUGGAUCAUGGCGGGCGGAGUUGCGCUAUGGAGUCUGACUACGUUCGUGGGGUCGUUCUUCACGAAUUUCGGCAUGUUCGCGUUCUUCCGCGGCCUGGUCGGCAUCGGCGAGGCGUCCUACUCCACCAUCGCUCCGACCAUCAUCAGCGACCUGUUCGUCGGCAACGUGCGGUCCAAGAUGCUGGCCUUCUUCUACUUCGCUAUACCCGUUGGCAGCGGCCUCGGUUACAUAGUGGGGUCUGUGGCCGGCGCGGCGGCGCACAACUGGCGCUGGGGGCUCCGCGUGACGCCGUUCCUGGGCGCCGUGGCCGUGGCGCUCAUCGCGUGGGUCAUGACGGACCCCGAGCGCGGCCAGGCCGAGGACAGCCACAUGAAAGCCACGUCCUACAAGGCUGAUAUACGCUCGCUUGUUAGGAACCCGUCGUUCAUGCUGUCGACGUUAGCGUUCACGUGCGUCGCGUUCGUGACGGGAGCGCUCGCGUGGUGGGGCCCGCAGUUCAUCUAUCUAGGGCUCACUCUGCAACCGAACAUGCAGGACAUCACUCUAGAGAGGGUGUCGCUAAUCUUCGGCGGGAUCACGAUGACGUCGGGCCUGCUGGGCGUGCCGCUGGGCGCGUGGCUGGGCGCGGCGCUGGUGAAGCGCUACCCGCGCUCGCACGCCGUCAUCUGCGGCGUCGGCCUCCUCCUCUCCGCGCCGGCCAUGACCCUCGGCCUCGUCCUCUGCGAACACUAUUUCUACGGACCCUUCGUCGCCAUGUUUAUCGGCGAGGUCUUCUUGAAUCUCAACUGGGCAAUAGUGGCCGAUAUGUCGCUGUAUGUCGUGGUGCCUCCACGGCGGUCUACUGCUGAAGCGUUCCAGAUCCUGAUAUCACACAUGUUUGGGGAUGCGGGCAGUCCCUAUUUAGUCGGUGUGAUAUCGGAAUCAUUGAAAAAAUCAUUAGGCCCAAUGCCACAAGAGUCGCCGAGCACUAGCGUGCAGUUCAGAGCGUUGCAAUACGCGCUGUUCGUUACGUGUUUCGUUGAAGUCAUCGGAGGAGUAUUCUUCCUACUGACGUCCAUUUACAUCGUCAGGGACAAGUUAAAAGUCGACAGAGCGAUCGCUGUUGCUUCAAAAAUAGUUUAGCGUAGUGAAGCAGAAGCCCAAAGUGCGGAGCCCUCACAUAGCAAUGCCCAAGAACACGCGGCAGGCGAAUAGAUUAAUUCCUAAGUGACCUUAAGACAUUGAAUUAGAUCUGUGAGUGUACCCGUACUGAUCUGUGAGUGUACCCGUACUGAUCUGUGGGUGUACCCGUACAGAUUGUGAGCAGAAGCGUGCAUUACUCACUGAGGCGCUUGAAAUCAUAGUUUGAUUUCGCCGUUGUAAAGACUGAUUUGUUUGGUAUUUUGAAUAGGCAAAAUACGGUGGCGUGACUAGACUAGUGUGAGAUAUUGUAAUAUAUAAUUAUGUAGGUUCAAAUAGGCAUCACAAGAUCAACUCUAGAUAGUGAUCUAUUUAUAAUGCGCAUUUUAAUCAUGCUGGUUGCAAAAGAGGGACUGGAUGUAAGAUAGAGAUAUUAGAAUCAACCAACAUAUUCAAUGAAAUGUAUUGAUUCACAAGCAAAUGAAGACUUGUUCAUGAUUUUGUUGGUAAAUAAUUACCUCAUUUGUUACUCUUUUAUUAAAUUAAUUUAAUUUUUAAUUAUAGUUUGAUUAUUCAAUAUUGUCAAUGUUAAAUUUGCAAUUAUUAUGUUCCUAAUUUAUUCGAUAAUUUAUUUGGAAUGAGACAAUUUUAAUAAUUAGAUAUUUUUGUACACUCAAAACAGUUUUAACGUUAAAUUCAAUGUUACCUACAAUCGGCUCAUUUAAUUGAUGAAAUCUGUGGGUAAUCUAGGCCGUAGGUGUGAUUGUUUUACUUAUAAUUUAUUUAUAGAUCGUGGGUACCAACUAGAUCGAGGUUAAACUGUAUUGAAUGGCAAGACUGAAAUGUAAUGAACUAAUUUAUCGUAAUGUCUAAAUUAACUACUAUGUAAUACCGAAAUCGUUUUUUGUAAAUAUCGUAAAUUUGCGGAAUGAAGAAAAUAAAAAUAAUUUAUUUUUUAUAA